CCAUUCCAGGCACCUGAGGAAUGAACGAAUCAGAAGUGGGCAAUGGUGAUAUAGACCGCCGCCGCCGGAGCCCGAGGGAGGCUUCGGCAGAGUCCACGUAGGCUCAUGUCGCCCCAUAUCUCUCUGCCACUCCACGACGCGUGUAUGGUGUCCAUCGUAUUCGCAGAAGACGAGUUGCGAUCAACGGGGAAAAGACAGCUGCCUAGACAGCUCAGGCGUGUAUAUAGCGCAUCAAAGGCGGAGAUAGAGGUGGAGGUGUCGAAUCAAUUGCAGACGAAAAAACUAUUGUUUGAGUUCCUCGGUGUUCAAUAAUAUACUUUGAUUACUGUAACUUACAGUCUGCCAAAUCAUUAUAGAAACUCUCUUCAUA